AUGGUAGAAAUUAGCAAAACAAUUAAUGAACCAUGGGUUGCCAGAGCAGACUUCAAUGCUUAUUUAACAAAGGAGGACAAGAAGGGAGGGGCAGUGUUGAAUUACAAGUCUAUGAAGCAAUUCAGUGAAUGUGUCCACAAGACAAAUCUAAUGGAAAUUGACAGUGUUGGGGACCGAUUCACAUGGGAGAGGAACUUCAUUAGGGAAAAAAUUGAUUGGGCUUUCAGUAAUAUGGAAUGGAACCAUCUCUUUCCUUUCACAAGAGUAAACCAUUUAAGUAAAUUUGGCUAUGAUCAUUGGCUGCUCAUGGUAAUCACAACUGAACCUGCUAGAAACAGAGGGAGAAAGCUAUCUUCUGCUGCCAAGCGGCCUGGCUACUAG